AUGAGCUCCGAGACCCAUUCUGUUGCCCUCGAGGGCGAGUGGCAGGGAGAAUUAGACCCGGAGGACGACCCGGAGGAGCAGAGAGUCAUCCAUGCCACCCUAGACUCGUUCCAGUCCUACCGCCGCGUCGCCCACUACAACGUGACGCACGUCCGCCGCCAAAACUUCUACGCCAUGCCCUCGGCGCACUGGACCCUCCUCGCCGGCCCGCCCUUCAACCUCCUCGACACCUUCGACGCCGUCGACGCCGCCCUCGACGCCAACGCCGACCUGGCCGAGGCCAUCUUCCGCGCCGGCGCCCCCAACUUCGGCAUCGACCCCUCCCACACCACCCCCCGCCGCGACCCGUCCGACCCCUCCGGCCGCCGCACCAUCGACCCCGUCUGGCACCGCGCCGCCACCGCCGCCGACCUCGAGAAAGCCCGCAGCACCAUCCGCCAAAUGUACCGCGACUGGUCCGCCGCGGGCGCCGCCGAGCGGCGCGCCUGCUACGGGCCCGUCCUGGCCGCGCUGGCCGCCGAGCACGCCGGCACGCCGCCCACGCAGCGCGACGCGAUCCGGGUGCUGGUGCCCGGCGCGGGGCUGGGGCGGCUGGUGCUCGAGGUGUGCGCGCUGGGCUUUUCGGUCGAAGGCAACGAGAUCUCGUACCACCAGCUGCUGGCGUCGUCGUUCGUGCUCAACCACACGGCCGCGGCCGGGCAGUUCGCGGUGCACCCCUGGGCGCACGCCUUCUCCAACCACGCGUCGCGCGCCCGCCAGCUGCGCGCCGUGCGCGUGCCCGACGUCCACCCCGCGGCGCUGCUGCGCCGCGCGAGCGAGGGCUGCCGCGUGCACGCCUUCGAGCGCAUGGGCAUGGCCGCCGCAGACUUUUGCGUGAGCUACCGCGCCGCCGAGGCGAAGGACGCGUUCGAUGCCGUCGCCACCGUGUUCUUCAUCGACACCGCGCCGAACCUGAUCAACUACAUCGAGGCGAUUGCGAAUUGCUUGAAGAGCGGGGGCGUGUGGGUCAACCUGGGCCCGUUGCUGUGGCACUUUGAGAACGAUCCGCCUGGUGCGCGGAACAAGAGAGGGGGCGAUGGUGGUGACGACGAGAAGGGCGUUGCCGGUGUCGGUGCUGAGGACAGGGAUUUGGGCAUCGCGGAAAGCGGUUCCGUCGAGCUGACGGAUGAGGAGGUGGUGGCGCUGGUGGAGCGGUUCGGCUUCAAGAUCGAGCGGAGGGAGCUGCCCGGUGGCAGCAGUGACGAAGCGGGGGCGGGCAUCGAGACUGGAUACAUCUCGGAUCCGAACAGCAUGAUGCAGCACGUUUACCGGCCCUCGUUCUGGAUCGCGAGGAAGUUGUAA